CUACUUAGAAAAUCUACUUCCGUGUUAGUUUGUAAAGUUUAGUUCCUUUCGUUUAUCGUUGAUAUUUGACGCUAUUGGCCAUGGUUUUAUGUUGAUACCAUCAAAGACUGUAGUUUUGAAGUUGAAGUAACAGUAGAGAAAAGUCAACUCAUGAAUACUCAGCCGUAAGAUGUAAAAUGAACUUAAUAUAAUCCAGAAAUAUACAGAGAGGGAUUAUACAUUGGAUAACUGUCGCCGAAAAUGGCAGGUCAGUCCUUCCCUCCCGCCAAGAAGAACUACUUUUGGGGCAGAAUUUCACGGGAUGAUUCCGAAUUGGAGCUAAAGAGAGGAGGUUUCACUGAAGGAAAAUUCUUGCUUAGGGAAAGCAUAUCCACACCUGGGAACUAUGUCAUAUCCAUCGUGCAUAAUAACAAGGUACACCACUACAGCAUAGAGCGGCAGCCAGAUGGUAAAGUAAUGAUAGCUGAUGGUAAGAGGUUCAGUGGUCCAGUUGAGCUGCUUGAACACCAUCGUAAAACUCUUGAUGGAUUUUUGACGAAACCAACAGUGGAAUGCAGGCGUCCCACUGGCCAGAGCCCUAUCUAUUAUAGAGAAGUGACAACACUUAUGUUGGACAAAGAAUUAUUUGCGGCUGCACAAAGGAAGGGUUUAACAGGAGCAAAGUUGGCUGAUGCCCUUGGACCACAAAGGGCAUUAUUCAUCAAAGAGGUGUCUCGCAACCUCCACACAAAAAUGUCCUGGUUCCAUGGUCAGAUUGACAGAGAUGAAGCUGGAAGGAGAAUUAACAUGUCCGGUCACAAAGAUGGAAAAUUCCUUGUCAGGCAGCGUGAUGACCCUUCCAGUUUUGCCCUGACCAUUAGUCACCAGAUGGGAAGUAAACAUUACAGAGUGGAUAAAGAUAUGAGGGCACACACAUUCUGCAUAGAGGCAGGCCCUAAGUUUGACAACCUUAUGCUACUGAUAGACCAUUACUACAACAGGACUGAUGGCUUACUAUGCAAACUCACAGAGGCUUGUAAAGCACCAGGAUUCGAACAAGUGGAACAAGUAUAUGCUGGUCUAGAUGACAAUGCAUUCUACAGCUCAAUAGGGGACAUGAAUCUAAACUCCACACUCACCAAUGGAGUCUCCCCGACUAGACCAUUACAACCUAUAGGCAACAAUCCAUGGGAGUCCGGAGCUAGAGCGCGUCCCCCAAGGCCAACAGAACCACCUAAGAUAGACAUGAGAAAUCUGAUUGACCUAGAUGAACCAGAAACUGAGGCGCCACCUAUCCCCUUCCCAAGAUCAAACAAUAAUUUUAAGGAUAACUUGCAAGAUAUUUAUGACACAGUCCCUAGGGAUGAAGACACAUUCAACUUGAGGAGGGAGCAGAUCAGCCUAUCAGACACACUUGGUUCUGGAAACUUUGGAGCCGUGAUGAAAGGGAACUACAAACGCCCAGAUGGUGGAAUCAUACCAGUUGCUGUGAAGACCCUAAAGCAAGGUCCAGAGUCUGCUGUACAAAGUUCUGAAAUCCUGAAGGAGGCCAAGGUUAUGGCGGGUCUUAAACAUCGUCACAUUGUGCGUAUGAUUGGAGUUUGUAAGGGAAGUGACAUGAUGCUUGUCCUGGAGUUGGCUCCUCUUGGACCUCUCAAUAGAUAUCUUAAAGAUCACCCGUCUAUGCCCGUGCAAUCUAUACUUGAGAUCAUGUACCAAGUUGCCAAGGGGAUGGAAUACCUUGAAAGUGUCAACUUCAUACACAGAGAUCUUGCAGCCAGGAAUGUCUUACUCAUGGAUGAGAAAUUUGCAAAAAUCUCAGAUUUUGGAAUGUCCAAAGCCCUUGGCAUGGAUAAUGAAUAUUAUAAGGCAGAAGCAGCUGGUAAAUGGCCUUUAAAGUGGUAUGCUCCUGAAUGUAUCUAUUACUUCAAGUUUGACUCUAAGUCAGAUGUCUGGAGCUAUGGAGUCACACUUUGGGAAGCUCUCUCUUAUGGAGCCAAACCAUACAAGGGUAAGAAGGGUGCUGAAAUCCUGAGAAUGAUAGAGGAUGGAGACAGAAUGGACAAACCUCAACAAUGUGCUCCAGGUGUAUAUAAUAUUAUGCAAAAAUGUUGGAUCUACCAGAAAGAGGAGAGGCCAACAUUCAAAGAAAUAGUAACACUGAUGUACAAAUACAGGCAAUAAGUGCAGUAAAGCAGUGUGUAACCUAUCAAUUCCAGCACUAUCUCAGUUGUCAGUGUACAUAGGGAUCAAUGGUUUAGUACCAAACCAGAGCUUGGAUGCCACAUAAGCAUCUGUCUUGGUUUGGUUUGAUCUGAAUAAACAGAUUUCUUCAGCAUAUCCAGGAGAAUUAUGCCUCAGUCACAUUUGAUCUAUGGCAACCCGACGGUGGCCAUAACUCCUCAAAAUCGUGAAAAAUAUACAGCAUAAAAUAUAGGGAUAAGCAGUACUAUGUAGAUUUU